AUGGGCAUGUUAAUCCAAAAUCUCCUCAAUGUCUUCUUCUACUUCUUCCCUUUAAUCCAUACUUUCUCCUUAAUUAGCUCAUCUGGAGCAACCCGCAUAGAGAUCAUAAAUAACUGCUCCUACACGGUCUGGGCAGCCGCAACACCCGGCGGAGGGCAGCGACUAAAACAAGGUGAGACAUGGCUUCUCAGAAACGUAUCCAGCACAGGCCGGAUCUGGGGCCGGACCAAGUGCACCUUCGGCAGCUCUGGUACCGGCGGAAAAUGCAAGAGUGGCGACUGCGAAGGCCGCCUUAAGUGCGAAACCAACGGUCGACCCCCCAUCACGGUGGCCGAAUAUUCACUAAACCAAGUAAACAAUGACGAUAACGUUGAUGUUUUCUACAUUUCUGUGGUAGAAGGGUUUAACGUUCCUAUGGAAUUCAGGCCCUCGGAGGUCUCAUCGGAUUGCAGCCAAGUCAGCCGAUGCGCCGGGGAAGUAAACGGGGCGUGCCCGACGGAGUUGAUCGAUCCGGAAGGGUGUAACAAUCCCUGCACUGUGUUUAGGAAUAACCAGUUUUGUUGCACGUCCGGAAAUAUCUGCGAGCCUACGAGUUAUUCUAAGUUUUUUAAGGAUCUUUGCCAAGAAGCCUUUACUUACCCUUCAGAUGUUGGCCUGAGAAGCACUUGCCCAACUGGGAAAGACUACAAGGUCGUUUUCUGCCCAACCAUAAGCUAUACAGGUAUGCUUUCUCUACUCUCUCAUAAUUCUUGUGCUAUAACUUACUAA